UCUUCCGAUCCCGACCAGAAAUCCCCAGGAUUUCUUCCCCGUAAACAAAUAACACUUUGAAUCUCCACAAUUUCUCCUCCUUCAGAUCCCAUUUACCUCGAUUACUUCAAAAAUGUCUACACAACAAAAAGCUCCUCUAGGUCGCGCUCUUGUAAUCGGUGGAUGCGGUUUUCUAGGCCACCACAUCGUCUCUCUUCUCCACGAUCGAUAUAACUGUACCAUUUCCGUGCUCGAUCUACGUACAACUCGAAAUAGACAUUCUUCACAAGAUGUUACCUACCACGACGGCGAUAUAACUUCUCUCGAAUCUCUUCUUUCGAUAUUCAACUCAGUCAAGCCGGAUGUUGUCAUUCAUACUGCAUCUCCUGUCGCAAUUACAGGAACCAAUGACUUAUUCCAUAAAGUCAAUGUAGGAGGAACGAAGUGUGUAGUAGAGGCUUGUCAAAAGACUGGUGUGAAAGCUUUAGUUUUUACAAGUAGUGCUAGUAUCAUUUCUGAUAAUAAAACUGAUUUGGUUAACGCGGAUGAGAGGUGGCCUGUUAUACCUGAGAAAUUACAACGAGAGUAUUAUUCAUGGACGAAGGUUUGUUCUUAAUUUCUUUCAAUUUCUCUUCCUAUUUGUGCCAACACUUCGCUCAAUUGACAAUACUAACUCAUCAAAUUGAAUAGGCCGAAGCAGAAUCUAUAGUCUUAGCCGCAAAUCGCGCCCCAGAAUCUCCGCAACUUCUCACUGCUUCCAUUCGUCCAUCAGGUAUUUUUGGUCCUGGAGAUGUCCAAUUAAUACCCGCUCUCCUCAAUGUUCACUACACCAAUCGUACCGGAUUCCAACUUGGUGAUAAUACCAAUCUCUUCGAUUUCACAUUUGUGAAGAAUGUUGCACAUGCACAUCUUCUUUGCGCUGCUGCUCUCCUUGCGACCUCCAUGCUCAACACAACUCCAUUAGACACCGAGCGAGUAGAUGGUGAAGCCUUCCUCAUCACCAACGGAUCACCUAUUCCAUUUUGGGAUAUGGCAAGGGCAGUAUGGGCAGCCGCCGGAUCUACAAAAGGCACAGAACAUGUAUGGGUUAUUGGAAAGGAUUUUGGUGUAGGACUUGCAGGAUUUGUAGAGGGAUUGUUCUGGUUAUUUGGAAAAACACCAAAUUUGACCAGGAUGAAGGUGAAUUUUAGUUGUAUGACUAGGUAUUUCAGUAUUGAAAAGGCAAGGAAAAGAUUAGGAUACGUACCAUUAGUUCCGCUUGAUGAGGGUAUUAAGAUUACAGUGAAGCAUUUUGAAGAGGAAAAGGCGAGAGAAGGAGAGAAAAAAGGUCAAUGAGGGACUUGGAGUUGAUAGAUCUGCUUAUAUUCUAGUGUCUUCGAGCGAAGCAUUUUAUAUACCUUUACAGUAAAGAGAACUUGUAAUUAAUUAUUGGAAAAACUUUAAAGAUAACAAAAGGUACCCUUGUUUGUCUCUAUAAAUGAUAAAUCAUACCUU